GAGCUGUUUAACUUGCGGCACUCGAGCCUACGCAACGUUAUCGAGCGGACGUUUAGUAUAUUAAAGGAGCGCUUCAAGAUCCUUCGUAACACUAAUAGACCUGCCUUUAAUAUAGAGACACAAGUAGCUCUAGUUUAUAGCUUAGUGUGCCUAUAUAACUUUAUUCGCCGUACUAAUCUAUCGGACGAGUUAAUUACUAACGAGUUUAAGCGCUAG